ACUUGAGAGUGCACGGGGCAGCAGGUUCGCGUCUCAAUUUUAUGAUUCGCCGCGAGUCACCUGACUGCGGCAUCGGGUUCGUCGGGCUGCUCUGAUCGUGCAGCGGGACAGGAUCUUGCUUUUCUGCCGGUGCUAGUCGUUUCUCAAACCCAAUAAUGACCAGCCAAAGCCAGGGGGUUCAGCAGCUUCUCGCUGCUGAGAAGAAGGCCUCUGAAAGAGUCGCCGAAGCCCGAAAACGCAAGGCCAAGCGUCUAAAGCAGGCCAAGGAUGAAGCUGAGGUGGAGAUAAACAAGUUCAAGGCCGAAAAGGAACGCCAGUUCAAGGAGUACGAGGCUAGGCACAUGGGCUCCAAGGAGGACAUAGCCACUAAGAUCGAGGCUGAGACCCGCCAGAAGAUGAAUGAGAUGAACCAGCUGGUGGCACAGCACAAGAAGACUGUCAUUGAGAAACUGCUCAGCCUGGUCUACGACAUCGACCCACAGGUGCACCGCAACUAUCGGCCUCCUGCCACCACCCAGUGAGCAGGCCCCGUUGGACAGGCGAGCGUCUUGUUACAUUCCUCUCGUGUCCACCUUCAGCUCGACCUGCCUCUCCCCCACCCAGUCAAUUGUGUGUACGCAGUAAAUAAAAAAACAUUUGUCACUGCC